AUGACAGAAAGCAAUGUGAUAAACAGUCCACCAGAAUAUUUAAAGAAUCAACCACCAUCAUAUAAUCAAGAAAUGGUUUCAAGAUCAGAACAAUAUAACCUUCAAAGAACAACAACAGAGCAAAAAUUGGGGAUCCCUGAUAAUGAUCCUGAUGAAGAUGAUGGAUGUAUUUAUCGUUGGUGUGUGAUAUUACAUUGUAAUACAGUUUUAACAAACGCAGCUACUGGACAAUGA